AUGAACUUUCUUUGGAUGCGUGUUAGUGGUAAAGCAACAAUGCGCUAUUGCUCCUCACCAAAGAAUGGUAGGGGCGGUGAAAAACCACCAACAAAUAUUGUUUAUUGUAGUUGUUUUCGUUGUCGUAUGCGCGAAGUUUUUCCUGUUGUUGCUUUAUCCUGCAGUUGUAUCGUAUUUGGAAUUGCGAAUUACAAACCAAAAGCUACAUACACAGGGAGCAAGGAACGAAGAGUGUGGAACGCUCAACACUCCGCUGUUCUAGAAAUCUCUUCAACAAUUUUGGGACGAAAUUGCCAGAUUGAAGUCCGGAAAUUCUACCAAAGAAUUAAACAUCAAACUGACGGCUUUGGAGCAGGCACAUCCUCCUGCAGAGACAAAGAAGGAAAUCUGGUGUCUGACACAGAUAAAAUGCUGAGGAUAUGUAAAGAACAUUUUACCCAACUGCUAGUGUCCGACGAUGGCGGCAAAGAGGACACCGCAGAACCAAUCCCUGAUGAUGGUAUAUAAUGUUUACCUCCCAGUCAGAAUGAGGUCCAAGUAGCAGUGACCCGACU